CUUCAGGUACUGCCGUCGUCCCGUCGAGGUAAACGUAAUAUAGCUGAAUAUUAAGAAAUGUAUGUAAGCUGUAGUUAAAUUCGAGUUAUUUAACCUAGUAGUGAAGACUUUCUUUCAUUGAAAAAAGAUGGAGUUUGAGACUACUGAGACCGUACGUUCAGCACCGAGUCGUCACGAGAAAAGUUUGGGGCUCCUCACCAUGAAGUUUGUCAGUCUGCUGCAGGAGGCAAAGGAUGGCGUCCUAGACUUAAAAGUGGCUGCAGACAGUUUAGCCGUGAAGCAGAAAAGGAGGAUAUAUGAUAUCACCAAUGUUCUGGAAGGUGUGGGGCUGAUCGAGAAGAAAAACAAGAAUAUAAUCCAGUGGAGGGGGGAGAACACAGGCAGCCAAACACAGGAGGUGUUGGAGCAGGUGAAAGUUUUGAAGUCCCAGAUCUCUGAAUUAGAGGCCCAAGAGAAAGAGCUGGAUAACCAGAAAGCAUGGCUGGAGGAGAUUAUUAAAUACUUUAACCAUGAUCCCAUCACCAACACUUAUAAAUUUGUGACACAUGAAGACAUCUGCAAUGCCUUCAGCGGAGACACACUCCUUGCUGUUGUAGCUCCUGCUGGGACUCAGCUGGAGGUACCUUUACCAGAAAUGGGCCACAAUGGUCAGAAGAAGUACCAGGUGAAUCUCCGCAGCCACUCAGCUCCCAUCCAGGUCAUGCUCAUUAACAGAGAUUCAGAUUUUACAGCCCCCGUAGUCUUCCCUGUGCCACCCACCGACGACAUCUGUCCAAUGCCAACUCCACCCAGCACCCCCGCAAGCCUGCAGAGGUUCCCUCUUUCAACCACUGCGUACUCCACCUCCAACUCUACCUUCUCAUGCAGCAGCCAGGACUCUCUAUGCCCAGACCACCAGAUGGUGCUGCCAGAACAUGAUGAAGUACUGACGCCCUCCUCCACCCCACCCGAUGUGCAGAUGGGGUGUCACAUAGAUCCAGCAGCAGCACUGGAGCAGCAGCAGAUGGACCUGGCUGGCCCAGAGUUCCAGUCUGUGCUGGACGUGAGCAGCCUGCUUAAGCUCAACUCUGUAGGAGACCACAUGAAGGACGACAGAGCCGAAACUGUUGAUCUAAUCGAUGAGCUCAUGUCAACUGAUGGUAUAGACUACAGCUUCAACCUGGACGACAGCGAGGGAGUGUGUGACCUGUUCGACGUCCAGAUCCUUAAUUACUGAUGACUCUGCUGCUGGGAAGCACUUUUGCUACACUCUAAAGAAGCUUCUGAGGUAUUUUCUUCCAUUUGUGUAAAAACAGCACAGCUGAUACUUAAACAUACCAAAACCCGACAAUACACCAAUGUGACUUUACCUCUGUGUAGCAGACACUCAUCUUCAAUGCGGGCGUCUUGUCCUGAGUUUACAUUCAAACCUAGUGUCUGAAUGAACGACUGCAUGAUUUUGGCCUUGAGUCAUUGUGUUCCCCCUGAGUUUUUAUAAGGAGUGUUUGAGUGUAGAUGAUACCACUGUAUCUGCUGGUUUGGUGUCUCCAGCAUUCCUGAGAAAUGAAGUGCCUUAGUGGCAUUAAGCCAGGACAAAUCAUUCAGCCUCCUACUGCACUUUGCAUGAUAUAUCUUUGGUUUUUUUUUCCACAUCCAGUGGAAAGCCUGAAACUUGAAGACAACUGCUUUACGUUCUAUAGUUCAUCAACAGCUGGGAAUGUAACAGUGUUGUCGUUUAGUUGGUAUUCACAAUAACUUGUAACAGUUCAGUAUUGGUAUGUUUUAAAAAUAUUGAUACAUGUUUGAUCUAGUUCAGGGUAUAUGUGAAAACAUUUUGGUAAUACUGUAACUUCAUUUGCAUAGAAAGCAUAAUGAGGGUAAACGUAUGAAGUCCACAUUUAAUAAAAAAGGCAAAAUAUAUUUACAUGUAUAGUCAUUUGAAAAGUACAUUUUUUUUCCUAAAUUAUUUUAACACUGCCAUUUUAGGCAUCUGAGUUUUUGUUUUUCUGUUCUUCUAAUUACAUUUAUAUAUUUGAAAAAAUAAAUGUUUUACUGAAUUCAAGAGGAAGCAAAUCUUAGUUUUGGUUGGUUGAAAGUGAAGCUGAUUGACUGCCUUCAUUGUAAUUUAAUAAUUGUAUUAGGUGUAUUUCGGGUUCAAAUAUGGAAUGUUGAACUUCUUGUUGUCAUUUUGUAUAUUUAUAGUUUUCUUGGUAUAUGACACAUGUUUUUUGUUAAUAUUUAUACAGUUUUUUUGUUUAUUUGCACAAUGUUUUUGGUUUUGUUUGUUUUUUCAAUAAAUAUAUUUGACCUGGA